UUCAUACCCAUAGCAACGCGAGGUCGCAAAUGGCGUGUCCAACCCACACACCCCAACCAAGCACCACAGCCAAACACCCAAUCACAACUCAAACAAAAACCAACCCACCCAAUCCCCAACGUUUUUGUUUUGUCGAAGCUAUAAGUCAGAUCUCAUUAUCUUUUUUAAUAUUCAAAAGACAAGAUUCUUAUAAACCCCACAUGGCUUUGAAACCCGCAAAGCUCAGCAGGCGCCACCCAAUACAAGAAUUUCGAGCUAGGGUUUGGACUCAGUGGAGGAAGAAGGGGAGGAGAGAGGUUAUGGCACCACUAGUGGUGAAGUUCCCUGGGAUUGACAAGGAGUUGCAGAAGGUUCUCGAGGCUAAUAUGGACGAAGCGCCAGCCAGAAGGCGCGCUCGCGACUCUUUCAAGGAUAUUCAACUUGGGAUUGAUCACAUUUUGUUCAAGACACCGUGUGAUGGACUAGAAAUAAAGGAGUCAUAUGAAGUGAACUCUAGAGGAUUGAAAAUUUUUUCAAAGUGUUGGCUUCCCCUCAGCUCUCACCUCAAAGCAGUGGUGUGCUAUUGUCAUGGUUAUGGAGAUACUUGCACGUUUUUCUUUGAAGGAAUUGCAAGGAAGUUGGCAUCUUCUGGAUAUGGUGUUUUUGCAAUGGAUUAUCCAGGUUUUGGUCUUUCAGAAGGUCUGCAUGGUUAUAUUCCCAGCUUUGACUGGAUUGUUGAUGAUGUUAUUGAGAAUUACUCAAAAGUCAAAGAGAACCCUGAGUUUCGUACACUCCCGAGCUUCCUUUUCGGUCAGUCUUUGGGUGGAGCUGUAGCUCUGAAGGUGCAUCUGAAACAACCUAAUGCAUGGGACGGUGCCAUUCUUGUAGCGCCUAUGUGCAAAAUUGCAGACAACAUGGUUCCACCAUGGUUACUCAAGCAAAUCCUGAUUGGUGUCGCUUAUUUUCUUCCAAAGCAGAAGUUAGUUCCACAAAAGGACUUGGCGGAGGCCGCAUUUAGAGACCUGAAAAAGAGAGAGCUGACAGCUUACAACGUCAUUGCAUACAAUGAUAACCCACGCUUGCGGACUGCUGUGGAGAUGCUCAGAACCACUCAAGAGAUAGAACGGCGACUGCAAGAAGUUUCUCUGCCCUUGUUGAUUUUGCAUGGGGAGGCUGAUAUUGUAACUGAUCCAUCUGUGAGCAAGGCCUUGUACGAGAAAGCAAGCAGUUCAGACAAGAAGCUGAGCCUUUAUAAGGAUGCCUAUCAUUCUCUUCUCGAGGGUGAGCCAGACGAAAUCAUAACUCAAGUUUUUCACGAUAUAAUUUCUUGGCUUGAUGAACACACUGUAAAAACUACUUCCCAUUGCAAUUAUUAAUUUUUAUGCAAAGAAGCUUUUGUUGUCAUUGAAAAAAGGCUGCUGCUGUUGCAAGUACAAAACUGUCCAGCUUAUUGCAUCUGGACCAUUAAUUAGUGUAUCAAUGGGGACUAUUCGGCUAAAUAUGCAGAAUUGGUACAAAAACUUCACUUGUUCGUUGUUCUGGGCUCACACUACAGAACUUCUGGAUCUGGAGUUUGUUGUUC